CUUUCCGAGUCAUUGCAGGUCCAAUAUUUGGCUGUUUGACAAGUUUUGCACGCUGAAUUUUCUGUGGAUACAUAUUCACAUGGUCUUUUUUCAAUACUCUGAGCAACAAAACACUAAUAUUUCAACGCUAAAAUGGAGUAAAAUCACUAUUUGUGUGACGUCUCUUCUGCGUUUUGCUCAUCCGGACUCAAUCCGGAAGUUGACAAAUUUUGCUGCGCAUGCGUAAAAGUUGUUUUUAGGUGUGUCUAUAAAAAUUCUUGGAAGAAAACUAUGUCGAAAAUACAGUGCUUUUAGUAACAAAAUCGCAUUAUAUACUUUAUAUUUAUACAUUCAAAGAUAGAACUGAUACUUGUAUUUAUCACAAACAAUUAUGAGAUCGCUAGGACCUGUAUUAGGCCUUAUACUUGCAGUGUUUAUAUUAGGCAUAAAAUCAGAAAAGAAGCGUUUGAAUGAUUACAUAUCCCAUUUUGAGGGAUUAACAUAUAGUACCAAUGAUCUCCACCGUGACCACCAGAGGGCUCGGCGCUCAACCACAGAACCUCAUCUUCAUCUUAAAUUCAAAUCACACGGCAGGAAUUUUAACCUGCGUUUGAGGAAAGAUACUACUACAUUUAGCAAAGGCUUCAAGUUGGAAAACUCAGAUGGGACAUUAGACGAUUAUGACACCUCCCAUAUAUACGAGGGUGAACUUUGGGGUGAGACAAACACCAAGGUUCAUGGUUCCAUAAUCAAUGGUGUCUUCCAAGGCUGGAUCAAGACUCCCAGAGAGAAGUUCUAUGUUGAAUCAGCCAGACGUUUCUAUGACGAUCCACAAGAAUUCCACUCGGUCAUCUAUGCAGAUAGCGAUGUUGAUCCUGAUCCUUACAGACACAAGAGAUCUGCAGAGACAGGGACAUGUGGCAAUGAUUAUGUGCGAGACUGGAUGGCAGAUGUACAAAAUUCUGCAACAGGCAAUGUCCUCAGAGAUCCUGUUAUUGAGAAGCGAGAAGUACCUAGAGACUACAACAUUUACUCCGAGGAAGCCAAUGCAUAUUUUGAACCACAAGAGAAAGUUCAAAGUAGAAAAAAGCGUCAAUCUAUAACAACCCCUGAAAGAAACACAUGUAACAUGUUCCUUCAAACAGACCAAGAACUGUGGGAGUAUUAUUUAGAUCAAUCAAACAAUGAUGCAAGCGUCGCAAAGGAAGAAAUCACUGCAUUUCUGGCCUCUCAUAUUACUGGUAUAAAGGAUAUUUAUUCCGAAACAAUAUUUUCGAAGUAUGACAAGAGCGUUCAGUAUAGUAGCAUCUCCUUCACUGUACAACGGCUAAAGAUCAACACCACAGAUGAUUGCACUGGGACCAAAGCAAAUGGCAACCCAUACUGUAACAGAAACAUUGAUGUCAGCAACUUUCUCAACCUUAACUCCUUGAAAAACCACAAUGAAUUCUGUCUGGCCUAUAUCUUCACCUAUAGAGACUUUACCGGGGGUACCCUGGGUCUCGCUUGGGUGGGGUCAUCAACAAGUGCUCGUGGAGGUGUUUGUGAAAAAUAUGCUGAGUACAGAGAAACUGGAGGCAUUAAAAUUUGGAAGUCUCUCAACACAGGCAUUGUUACAAUCAUCAAUUACGGAAGGAGGGUCCCUCUUAAAGUGUCAACACUCACCUUUGCUCAUGAAGUUGGACACAACUUUGGAUCUCCACAUGACUCUGGGUCAGCCUGUACACCCUAUACCAGCAGUCAGAACCAAGUUGGCAACUACAUUAUGUUUGCCUCAGCCACUUCGGGAGACAGAGUGAACAACAACCAGUUCUCAGCAUGUAGCAAGGACAACAUCACUUCUGUAUUAGAAGCAGUAUUUACAGGAAAAAGCUCGAAAAUUAACUGUUUUGAAGAAUCACAAGCAGCCUUCUGUGGCAACUAUAUUGUUGAAGAUGGAGAACAAUGUGAUUGUGGCUAUGCCCAAGACUGUGAAGAUAAAUGUUGCAUUGGGCGCGGCACUGAUGGCUCCGGCUGCACACGCAAACCUAAUGUAGUUUGCAGUCCAUCUGAGGGCCCAUGCUGCAAUACAGACUGUGAAUAUAAAGAAGCAUCCACCGAUUCUGUCUGCAAAUCUUCAUCUGACUGUGCGCAGGAGGCAAAGUGCGAUGGUCAGCAGGCCGCAUGUCCGACCCCAGCUCCCAGGGCUAACUUGACAUCGUGUAACAAAAAUUCACAGGUUUGCGUCAUGGGGGAAUGUAAAGGCUCAAUAUGUGAUAAAAUUGGAUGGGAACUAUGUUAUCUUACCAGCCAAGAUAUCGAUGAGACCCUGUCAACAAGUGAAAGGACUCAGCAACUUUGCUAUGUUUCUUGCAAAAAUCCAGGUAACAGCUCGAAGUGUGUGAGUACAAGUGAGUUCAAUAAGGCGGAACUUGACAAGGCUGAGAACAAACCAUUGAGAGAUUUACUCUCAGAAUUGGAUAAACCAUCAGGCAUCAUGAUGCCACCAGGUGCUGCAUGCGAUAACUUCAUAGGCUAUUGUGAUGUGUUCAGUAAAUGCCGAGGGGUAGAUGCUGAGGGCCCCUUAGCAAGACUUAAAAACUUACUCUUCAAUCCAGAGACAUUCCAGACAAUAAAAGACUGGAUAAUAACAAAUUGGUGGGCUGUCCUGUUGAUGGCCGUUGGGCUCGUAGUAUUCAUGGGCCUAUUUAUAAAAGUAUGCUCCGUUCAUACACCAAGCAGUAAUCCAAAGAAAAAGAAACACAGGAAAAUUAGCCUUAAACCUAACCCUAGACACAGGGGGUCAGGCCCUCCACCCCCUUAUACCACGGGUCAAGGUAAUCCAGGGGGUCCUUCCAGAGGUCACGGUAAAGGUCACAAUAUAGAUAACAGAGGUCGCGGAGGAGGUCAGCCAAGAAACCCACAACAAUAUGAGAUGAAACAUGCGCGUGUAUGAUGAAAACAAAGCCAUAAUCCCAUUAGGAUCAUUGCAUUUUAAUCCAGCUUCAUUAAAGUCAAUAAGAAUUGAUCACAUUGACAAAUUAACUUUCUUUCGACUGACCUUUAUAUCGACAUUUCAAUGGAAAUAUACAUGAACACUCAUCCAAUCAAAAAGAAAAUAUUUGUAACAAGAGAAUCGUUUAAUUGAAGUGACAGGUUUUAGUGUCUUCCAUGUUUCCAUUCCAAUGACUAUAAAUCAUAGAGGAGUUAUAAUACAAUGCAGUGAGCUCCCCAAAAUUGGUGCCAACUGGAUCUGCACCCUUCUUGCGCCCAUUUACCCCCAAUUGAGAAAUCGUGAAAAAUAAGGAUAUUUUGAGAGAUUUUCAACAUUUAUGUGCUUGAAAAAAAAAAUCCUGGGGAGGACAGUUUUACGGCAUUAAUCUCUGAGCUUCUAUCCAACAUGUGGUUGUAAAAUAUAAAACAAGUUUGAACUGUGCAGUAGAUAACGAAGUUGAUGUGACAAUCUUUGAUUUUAAAACUACAUGUAGUCUUUCCUAUAUGUUAGUCGGAGUGAAUCUAUUGCACCUGAUGUAAGCGUAGCUCCUUAACUCUAUUAAAGUCUUUCUAAAUCCAAAUGUACAAGGAAAGAUGAAUUCCAAUAAUCUUUUAAAAUGCCAGUGAAUAUAGAUAUGAAGACUUUUUGACUGCUCCUCGUACAUAUAUUUUAAACAUCAUUUUCAAACAGAAAGAUGAUUAUGGAUAAGGGGAAAGCUACAUUUAAUUACAUUGUGUCCAAUAAAUAACUCCAAACAUAUAAUGCAGUAUAUUCCGGGACAACGAUCAAGAAAAUCUGAGAAUUAGGGUUUGAGAAUAUUUAAUUGGGGAAAGCAGUGACCAAAACUACCUACAAUCCUUAGGCGAUUGGUAGUAGCUGAUUUGUAAUAUUGACAAUGAAAGGAAAAUAAACUUUGUUAAAAAAAAUUGGGGAAAGCACAGUAAGUGAUUAUAAUCCACAUAUUAUCCAUGCCUGAAAUAAUGAUAUGUAAAAGAAUUCCUCGUGCAAAUAUUUGUGUUGUAAAAAUAUAUCAUUCAAUUCACUGUAGAUGUGAUAAUGUGUGACCUCAACCUAUAACUGUAACACUGUUUUUGUAUGUUUAA